UUACGAGUAGUAGAAAUGGUAAUGUCGGAUCAUAACAGAUGCCCAUCUUCUACUCCUACUAAGUUUUGCAACUCCUUUGAUAAUCGAAUCUUUUCAGAUGUCCCUGGGGAUAUUACUAUCACCGUUGAUAACAUCUCAUUUCUACUCCACAAGUUCCCUCUAGUAUCUCAAAGUGGAAAAAUAAGGAAAAUGGUGGCAGAAGCUAAGGACCCGAAUCUUUCAAAGUUGGAUCUCAUCAAUUUACCAGGUGGGCCCGAGGCAUUUGAACUUUCUGCCAAGUUUUGUUAUGGUAUCAACUUUGAGAUCACAACCGCAAACAUAGCCCAUCUUCAUUGUGCCGCAGAGUACCUGGAAAUGACAGAUUAUUACCGAGACGAAAACCUUAUUACGCGUACAGAAGCCUAUUUAGAUUCAGUUGUGACUCAAAGUCUUGAAAAAUCAGUAGAAGUCUUGUGUUCAUGUGAGACAAUACUACAGUUUGCAGAUAAUGUGGGAAUUAUAGACAAAUGUGUUGAUGCAAUUGCCAACAAUGCAUGCAAGGAGCAAUUAGUUGCAGGUUUAUCUCGUUUAGAAUGCAAUAGUGGCCCCAUAGAAGGAAAUUCUAGGUUCCUAGAAUGGUGGAUUGAAGAUCUUUCUGUUCUAAAAAUUGAUCUAUAUCAGAGGGUUAUUUCAGCAAUUGCAAGUAGAGGUAUUCGACAAGAUAGUGUAAUUGCCUCUAUAAUGCAUUAUGCUCAUUCAUCUCUAAAAGGUAUUGGGAAAUCUCAAAUUUGGAAUCCAGCAAGAACAACUCCUGUUACAGUGGAGAAGGGUCAAAGGGUGAUUGUUGAAACGCUUGUAAAUUUACUGCCAACUGAGAAGAGUUCAUCUAUCCCAAUCGAUUUUCUCUUUGGGAUGCUAAGAAUGGCAAUUAUGGUGGAUUCAAGUCUUGCUUGUAGGCUUUCUCUUGAAAGAAGGAUUGCUGUUAGAUUAGAGAUGGUUUCACUUGAUGAUCUUCUGAUUCCGUCAGUUCAAAAUGGUGAUUCUUUGUUUGAUGUUGAUACCAUUCAUAGAAUAUUAGUGCAUUUUUUGCAAAUAAUUGAGCAGGAAGAUGAUGAAGAUUGUGGGUAUGAGUCAGAUGGCGACAUCGGUUCUCCCAGUCAUGGUUCUUUGCUAAAAGUUGGGCGGCUGAUCGAUGCAUAUCUAGCAGAAAUUGCUCCUGAUCCUUACUUGAGUUUUCAAAAGUUUGUUGCUAUGAUUGAAGUAUUGCCAGAUUAUGCUCGUGUCAUCGAUGACGGACUUUACAGAGCUGUUGAUAUCUAUCUGAAGGCUCAUCCGAUGCUGUCUGAACAAGAACGUAGGAAACUAUGCAAAGUCAUAGAUUGUGAAAAGCUUUCCCAAGAAGCAUGCAAUCACGCAGCACAAAAUGAUCGUCUUCCAGCCCACAUGGCUGUUCGUGUCCUGUACUUUGAACAGCUCAGACUAAAGACUGCCAUAACUGGACCAUCAGCUCUGUCAGGUUACAUGUCCCAAAAGAUGAGCAGCAGUGGCGCACCGAGUGCACCCAUGUCUCCACGGGACACAUAUGCGUCUCUAAGACGAGAGAACCGUGACCUCAGGUUAGAGAUUUCAAGAAUGCGAGUUAGGCUAAGCGAUCUUGAGAAGGAACAAGUUUGUAUGAAGCAAGGGAUGCUAGAUAAAUCAGGACAUGGGAAGACUUUUUUGACUUCUCUAUCGAAAGGGAUUGGAAGAUUUGGAAUUUUCGGGGGUCCCACUAGUGGGAAACAACCCAAGUCCGGGAACGGGAGAAAGUCAAGGUCAACGACUCGGAAGAGGGGAUACUCUAUUUCCUGAUUCGAUAUAAAAUUGAAAUCCUUAAACCUCCCUAAAGAUGUGUCUAACAAGAAGAUGAAUUGACGCAUGUCAAAAUCAAUGAAGAAGAUAAAGUCCGAAAAUGUAUAUGAUAUGUGUCAAUUGUCGAAUAGAUUAGACAUGUUUGUAGGCAUAUAUAAUUAGUUUAUGUCAGAUUACUCGACGUACUUAUUCAGUUGAGAUGCCAUCAAUCAGAUUUGUUCCAAGUGAGAUAUUUUAGAAUUUUGCUUUAUUGGAGAAAUGAAACACUCUCAAGGUCAUAAACAUAUCUUGUAAACAUGAAAACUACGUGAUUCGUAAACGUAACAAAUACACUCUUCAGAUCCGUAUGACUGUAUGGGAUUGCAACGAAAACACCGUGGAGUAAAACCGGUGGCGCGACCUCCGCAUGAUAGGGUAUUUUCUCCUGUCUUGGUUUCCCGUUAUUAACAAGAGUUUUUUA